AAGUGUAGUGGUCCUAUAUAAACCAACACCCAGCAGUGCGGCGAUACCGAUCCACAGCACCGGCUCACAAUGGUCAAGUGUGUUCUCAUCCUCCUGGCUCUGGCUGUCGGCGUAGCCUAUGGCGCGCCCGGCUUUGUUGACUUGGGAACCGCGAGAGACACAGCGGGUGGCGUGCUGGGAGGAGGAGUUGUUGGAGUCCCCGGAGUAGCCUCCACUCACGGGCUGGGCAGGAUCAGCGAGGACGGCGUGGAGCUGCACGGUAGCGCGGAGGUGCUCGGAUUGGGACGUGUUGGAGGAGCCGGUGGUGUUGGCCCUGAUGGAAUCGGCGGAGUCGGUGGCGGUGCCCUGGGAGGACUCGGCGGAGCAGCUGGUGGCGCCCUUGGAGGACUCCCCACUGGAGGCCUUCCCACUGGAGGCCUUCCCACUGGAGCCCUUGGAGGACUUCCCACUGGAGGCCUUGGAGGACUUCCCACUGGAGGCCUUCCCACUGGUGGCGUUCUGGGGUGAUUCUGAGGAAUUGGCUGCGCUCUGAGGCGAGUCGAAGGAACUGGUGGUGAAAUUCUUUAAACAAAUAACCUUGUGCUUUUAAUCAAAAUACAUUUUUUCUGUUAUCAUUUCA